AUGCUUGGCCUAUAAAUUCCCAUACAUAUUUCAUGCCAAUCUCUCCCCAUUCCUUACUUCCAAUCCUUUUUCUUGUUCAGAUAACGGAUAACCCUAGAAAUUUCAUCCAAAAUCAUGGAAGAAACAACACUUACCGGUUUAUUAAAACAAUCUGCCGGAAAAUUUCCAUCUCAUAGAAGUGUAUCAGUUUCCGGGAAGUUUGAUUUGACACACUCGAAGUUACAACAACUUGUUGAUCAAGCUGCUUCUAUUCUUAUCUCUAAUGGUGUUCAUCCUGGAGAUGUCAUCGCUCUUACUUUCCCUAACACCAUCGAGUUUGUGAUUAUGUUCUUGGCUGUGAUUCGAGCUAGAGCCACGGCUGCACCGCUUAACUCAGCUUACACACAAGAAGAGUUUGAAUUCUAUUUAUCUGACUCAGAAUCAAAAUUUUUACUCACUUCACAAGAAGGAAAUCAGUCAGCUCAAUCAGCGGCUUCUAAACUUAGUAUCUCUCAUAUUACUGCCACAUUCUCACACCUAGAUGAAAAAUUAACUCUCUCAGCUCAAUCUGAAUCGGGUGCAUUUCCCGAUUCGUUACCAGUUAAUGAUCCAUCGGAUAUUGCACUUUUUCUUCAUACUUCAGGGACAACGAGUCGACCUAAAGGAGUUCCAUUAACUCAACAAAACUUAGCUGCUUCAGUACAAAAUAUUAUAUCGGUGUAUAAACUCACUGAGUCAGACUCCACUGUGUUGGUUCUUCCACUUUUUCAUGUACAUGGAUUACUGGCUGGGUUACUGAGUUCACUCGGUGCUGGAGCGGCUGUGACUCUUCCGGCAGCCGGAAGAUUUUCAGCUUCCACUUUUUGGCCUGACAUGAUUAAAUACAAUGCCACUUGGUAUACUGCUGUCCCUACUAUUCAUCAGAUCAUAUUAGAACGUCAUCUUAGUCAUCCCGAGGAAUUUUAUCCGAAGCUCCGGUUUAUUCGGAGUUGUAGUGCUUCAUUGGCGCCAACUAUACUGACUCGGCUUGAAGAGGCUUUUGAUGCUCCAGUUUUAGAAGCUUAUGCUAUGACUGAAGCCUCUCAUUUAAUGUGUUCAAACCCAUUACCUGAGAAUGGUGGACAUAAGUCCGGGUCGGUUGGUAAACCUGUCGGUCAAGAAAUGGCUAUUUUGGAUGAAAGUGGUGUUCAACAAGCUGAGAAUGUUAGCGGAGAAGUAUGUAUACGAGGAUUAAAUGUGACCAAGGGUUAUAAGAACAAUCCUGAGGCUAAUAAAAGUGCGUAUAAAUUCGGAUGGUUUCAUACAGGUGACGUUGGGUAUAUGGAUUCUGACGGGUAUUUGCAUUUGGUGGGACGCAUCAAGGAGCUUAUCAAUCGUGGAGGGGAGAAGAUAUCACCCAUAGAAGUGGACGCAGUGCUUUUGUCGCAUCCAGAUGUUGCUCAAGCUGUUGCAUUCGGAGUUCCAGAUGACAAAUAUGGGGAAGAGAUCAAUUGCGCAAUAAUUCCAAGAGACGGGUCAACUGUUGAUGAAGCUGAGAUACUGAGAUUUUGCAAGAAAAACCUAGCAACCUUCAAGGUACCUAAGAAAGUCUUUAUCACUGAUGCUGUUCCUAAGACUGCUUCUGGUAAAAUACAACGACGUCUUGUUGCUGAGCAUUUCCUUUCUCAAAUUUCUGCUGCUAAAGUCCCCAAAUUUGGCGCUUAAAUUAAUUUACCCUGAAUAAGAAAAUAUAAUGCCUAUGAUGCAAAAUUGAUGUAACCUUGGAUUAGUAAGAACGGUAGGUUUAGAUUAGCCGAAGAGAUUGAUUGGUAGUUACUACUAUAUUAUAUGUACUUGCUAUUCAAAGCGUUAAUAUAAAUGAAAAUCUAAGUAUAAAGAAUUUUAUCUGUC